AUGGGUUCAACCACCAGAAAACCCUCAUCGUCCACGGAUGGCUUCCUCCAUUCCGUCCCCACUGUUCCCCGGCAUAUACCCUUGUCAACGAUGGGUCCGCAAACUCCGGCUCCCUUACCGCUUCGGAUGAUUCAGCCCUCGCAAGAAUCUCAAUCUCUACCUUCCACGCGAAUCCUCAGUUGGUGUCUCAGUCCACAUAACCUAUUGCGUCGUGGACUGGAUCCAGUUACCCUGAACUUGGCUACCGAUGCCGAGGUGAACCCACCUAUCAUUCGACCACUUAAUACCUUUGGCAACCAGAAUCGCGUUGACCCAUUAAUUACCGGAGAAGGGUGGAAAAAGCCGAAAACUAUUGGACAAGAGGAGGGCCUGGUUACAGCCGCCUACGAUAAGAGCAAUGAACGGUGGAAUCGACGUGUACAUCAGUUCGCACUGAACCAUGUCUGGUCGCCCAUUGCUGCGAUGACGGGCUAUCCAGCCUCGAUGAAAGACGGAGCAACCAAAUUGUUGGCGAUAUGCUUAGACAACGUGGACGGUGAACUAGGCCAUAGCGUGGUUCUCCAAGAAGCUUACAGACGUCCUAUAUCGGAUGACCCUAGUGAGGCCUGGACUAGUGGACAAUGGAUAACAGAGAGAACGGGCGGCAGUGACGUGCGAGAGACGAAGACACUGACGCGGCGUUUGAUGGCCCUUCCCGCAUUAUGUGCGUGUUCCUGA